AUGCCUGGAGUCCGGGACCUUCUACGGAAUUCCUCCUCUCGUUCUACAAGUUAUCAGAAGGCCGUUGAAAUGGCAUCAAUUCCAAUCAUUGUCAAGCACUCUGGCAAGCGCCACGAAGUCGACCUCGAUCCCUCUGCGAACGGCGAAACCCUCAAGUACCAACUAUUCUCCCUCACUGGCGUCGAGCCAGACCGUCAAAAAUUUCUCAUCAAGGGCGGCCAGCUCAAAGAUGACACACCCUUGUCUUCCCUCAAGGCAAAGCCCGGCCAGACCUUCAUGAUGAUGGGCACCCCCUCCGAAGGGCAGGGAGCAAUCUCCCGCCCCAAGGAGGAGGUAAAAUUUAUGGAGGACAUGACCGAGGCAGAGAUAGCACAACAAGAUGGUGCCAUCCCUGCUGGUCUGCAGAAUCUGGGUAACACUUGCUAUUUGAACUCGACUCUACAGACACUGCAUGCUCUGCCGGAGCUGAAGGAGGAACUGAAGAAGUACAAAGCAAGCAAUGCGCCCGGUCAGAGCCUGUCAAACCUCAGCAGCCUGGGACUUGGUGGCCUCGAAAAUUCUGGGGAUCUUGCGGCUUCCCUUCGCGACCUCUUCAAGCAGAUGUCGGAGACCCAAGAGGGAAUCCCUCCAUUUGUGUUUCUCAAUGCGCUGCGCAACGUCUAUCCUCAGUUUGCCCAGCAAGACCGCAGCACCCAUGCAUAUGUCCAGCAAGAUGCAGAGGAGGCUUGGUCUCAAAUCGUUAACCAGUUGCGAGUCAAGCUAACACUCGCAGGUGGCAACGAUGGACCUGCCGGUCGGACUUCGUUUGUUGACAAGUAUAUGGCCGGUCAAUUCUCUUCUACUACUGAAUGUGAUGAUCCUGGGGCGAAAGAGGCUGGUGAGGAACCUACCAAAUCUUCUGAUGUUUUCUUCAAAUUGGAUUGCCACAUUGGCAAGGAAACCAACCACCUCAGUGACGGUAUUAUGGCCGGCCUUCAGGAGCAAAUCGAAAAGUAUUCUCCUACACUUGAUCGCAACGCCUUGUACACCAAAACUUCUCGCAUCUCUCGAUUGCCCAAGUAUUUGACUGUUCACUUUGUUCGCUUUUUCUGGAAGCGUGAGACUCAGAAAAAAGCCAAGAUCAUGCGCAAGGUUACCUUCCCCGCCGAAUUGGACGUUGUUGAUUUCUGUACCGAAGACCUUAAGAAGCAGCUCAUUCCAGUGCGAGACAAGGUUCGAGAGAUUCGAAAAGAUGAGAUUGAUGCCGACCGCGCCCGCAAGCGCCAAAAGAGUUGUCUCACAGGAGCCCAUGCUAAAGAAAAGGCGGCUGAGGAGGAGAAGGAGAAGAAGGGCGACAAGGAUGGGGACACCGCAAUGCAAGAAUCAUACAAGACCGAUGCGGAGUACGAGGCCGAAAAGACUGCCGCCAUCCGUGCUGCCAAGGAGGAACUGUAUGAACUCCUGAAACAGAAUGGCUCUGGUGCCGACAACGGGACUAAUCAGUCGGGCCUUUACGAGCUUCGCGGUGUCAUCACACACCAGGGAGCUAGUGCCGACAGCGGCCAUUACACCGCAUACGUCAAGAAAAAGAGUCUGAAGCCCGAAGAUGCUCGAGCUGGCGAUAAGCGUCGUGACGAUGACGACAAGUGGUGGUGGUUCAACGACGACAAGGUUUCCGAGGUCGAGGCCGAGAAGAUCGAAACUCUGUCUGGUGGCGGCGAGUCUCAUUCCGCUUUGAUUCUCUUGUACGGGGCCAUUGACUUGCCCCAGCUGGAUUAA